GAACUGCAGACGGAGCAGACGAGAGGCGCGGGGCUGCCGGCGAGCGCCCCGGUCCCCCGAGCCCCGAGCGCCAUGGUGGGCGCGCGGCUAGUCCGCAGCUCCGCGGCCGCCGGCUAACGGGCGGGGCGGCCACCGCUGCCUCACUCUGUCCCUCCGCGUGCGGGGCCUCCGAGCCGCCGUGGGGAGGAUGAGUCCCUGGGGCUGGUUCCUGCUGCAGACCCUCUGCCUCCUGCCCACCGGCGCAGCCCCGCGGCGUGGCGCGCCUGCCUCAGCCAACUGCGAGCUCAAGCCCCAGCAGAGUGAAUUGAAUUCCUUCUUGUGGACCAUAAAGCGAGAUCCGCCAUCUUACUUCUUUGGCACGAUCCACGUUCCAUACACCCGGGUUUGGGACUUUAUCCCGGACAACUCCAAGGAGGCUUUUCAGCAGAGCAGCAUUGUGUACUUUGAGCUGGACCUCACGGACCCCUACACUAUCUCGGCCCUCACCAGCUGUCAGAUGCUGCCGCAGGGCGAGAACCUCCAGGACGUGCUCCCCAGGGACAUCUACUGCCGCCUCAAGCGCCACCUAGAGUACGUCAAGCUCAUGAUGCCCUCGUGGAUGACCCCAGACCAGCGUGGCAAGGGGCUCUAUGCGGACUACCUAUUCAACGCCAUCGCGGGGAACUGGGAGCGGAAGAGGCCCGUCUGGGUGAUGCUCAUGGUCAACUCCCUGACCGAAGUGGACAUUAAGUCCCGGGGGGUGCCUGUCUUAGACCUGUACCUUGCCCAGGAGGCUGAGCGGCUGAGGAAACAGACUGGGGCCGUGGAAAAGGUGGAAGAGCAGUGCCAUCCACUGAAUGGGCUGAACUUUUCACAGGUCAUCUUUGCUUUGAACCAGACCCUCCUGCAGCAGGAGAGCCUUCGAGCAGGCAGCCUUCAGAUCCCCUACACGACAGAGGAUCUCAUCAAACACUAUAACUGUGGGGACCUCAGCUCCGUCAUCUUCAGCCAUGACAGCUCCCAGGUUCCCAAUUUUAUUAACGCCACGCUGCCACCGCAGGAGCGCGUCACCGCCCAGGAGAUCGACAGCUACUUCCGCCAGGAGCUCAUCUACAAGCGGAAUGAGAGAAUGGGGAAGCGGGUGAAGGCCCUUUUGGAAGAGUUCCCGGACAAAGGCUUUUUCUUUGCCUUUGGAGCUGGUCAUUUCAUGGGCAACAAUACAGUGCUUGAUGUCUUGCGGCGCGAAGGCUAUGAGGUAGAACACGCCCCCGCUGGACGACCCAUCAACAAGGAGACGAGUAGAAGUCCCUUGUCGGGGCCCGCCUCCUCUGCCAUCUUUGUUCCGGAAGUGCCUGCCUCAGAAGCGCGGGUACCGGAAGCUGGGUCUGCGGUGCGCUCGCUGUGGCCUCCCCACGUGUCCCUGCCUGGAAGUGCCCACCUGGGAGGCGGGGCGGAGCGGAAGUUUCGGAAGAAACGGAGGCGGCAGCGGCCACAGCGAAAGCAGCGGCUUCGGCAGUUCAGCGAUCUGUGGGUCCGACUGGAGGAGAGUGCUGAGGUCCCACAGCUCCAGGUCCCUGUUCUGGAUAGGCACAUCUCUGCCGAGCUGCAGCUCCCUCGCCAUGGGCAUUCCCGCCACAGCCAGAUGGUAGCCAGCAGUGCCUGUCUGUCUUUCUGGACUCCUGUGUUCUGGGUGCUGGUGCUGGCUUUCCAAACAGAGUCACCCCUCCUGCAAUGACGGGAGGAGCCAGGCCAGGCCCCUGACCCCUUGGACUUGAAGGAUGGCCAUUCCUGUACUCCACACCCUGUUCUGGCCUUGAUAGGCCCAACCCAGGAAAAGAGAGAAUAAAAGUUGAUUCUUCUCUUUCCAAGGAACGACUCUGGGUUAUCCAGCAGUGCUGGGGGUAGGUGUACAGUUUUGUAACAUAAUGACUUGUAUGAAAAUAAUUGUAAAUGAAUUACACGGAAAUAAUUAAAUGUCUUUUCUUUGUAGAUUUUUUCCCACAAUGUGUAUAUGUUAUGCAAACAACUCUUGCUCACACCCUCUGAAUAUUGUCACUGCUUUACCCCUGGGCCCUACUCAUACUGGUCCUACCUGCCACUUUGGAUCCUGACCCUUUUCUCCUUCCUGCUGCUCCUCUUCCUACUCCUGGUUAUGGAUUCGGGGGAGAGUAGGCCAUAGGAGCUUUGUUCUGUUUCCUGCGCUCUGACAAGUGCUUUAAUUAUGUAUGUGAGUGUCUCACCAACAUGCUGAAGACUGGAUGAAUGGUAGGCUUUGUCAGAGGUGCUGUGUAAGAAAGUGGGUUUCAAACGCUCCCCCUUCCUGUCUUGUUAUUUAUUUAUGUGCUGAUGCCUUUUAUAAAUGAAAUCUUAUGAGGGAGUCUCUAUAAAAUGAGUAAGAGUAGAAUUGUCUCAGUUGAGUCUCAAAUGGGAACUU